AUGCUUUCACGAAAACUUGAUGAAAUAGUUGUCUAUGACAGCACCACUAGGACUCAUGAAUUUAAUGGCUUACCAGCUACGAGUUUAGGUUUAUUUUCUAGUGCCUUCCCAAAUGCAUUAGACUCGUCCAAAGACAACUACACUACAUGGGACUUGUUCAGAAUCCACUGCUUUAGAGUUGUUUUGACCAUUGCUAUAUUUCUUUAUAUGAGGUUGUACAAUAUACAUGAGUUUAUCACCAACUUUUUCGAGCUAUUAGGUAUAUUCACCCUAGAUUACAAGUACCAAUUGUUGCAUCAUAAAAAGGAAAGAGAACGCAACUUUAUUUUUGACCUUGCAAACGAUUUCGUUUCAAAUUGGGAAGUAAUAUUCAAAAUCCCAAGUUUGUUAUGGAAAACCUUUCGUCCCGGAGGAGACACGCCGGUUGGCCUUAACAAAUGUUUAGAGUAUAUACCAAAAACUAAUACCCCCGACUCCAUUUGUUUAGUGUUACACUGUGCGCCCCCUAUGUUAAAGCCGCCACCUAAGAUUCCGCAACCAUACUUGGAUUCAGAUAGGACAAUCGUUAUCCCAGAAAAGAAAGAUGUGCAAUAUGUCAUAGCCAUUAGAAACGAGUAUUUUACCCAGUGCAAGUCCCAUAUUGCUGCUGAAAGAGUAAGGUUGUUGAGAGAAAUUGGUAGAUUUAUUACAUGGUGCUGUUUGGUUCCAACUAUUACUGAGUUGACAAUCUACGAGAAACUGGGUAAUUGCUGGAAAGAAAACGAGGAUUUUACCAAUUCGAUGAAGAAUGCGAUUUUGGUUGAGCUAGUUGCUAUGGCCAAUACUUGCAACCCAGAAGAAUUGAGAAAAUUCAAAUCUGUAAUGCCAAAGAUCACCUUGGUCAAUAAGUUUACAAAAGAGCGUUAUACAGUGACUGAUGAUGAAGUAAACUCCGCAAGAGACGGCAGAGAUCAAGAAAAUAUUGCCGAAGAGAUAAUCUCAGGUUAUUUAGACCAAAGAACAUUGGUUGUCUAUCUUUGUGACCAGAGUACAAGAACAGUGAAUUUUCAAGCUUUAAUGACCAAAGCAGACACCUUGACGCCAGAAAGCGAAAUCUUUAGCGAAGAGUUCCCACCUAUACCAGAUUUAGUAGUUGGCUGUAUGAACAUGUCCCACACUAGAAAUCAACUCGAAGGAUAUGCAUGUAUUGAGAAAACUGCAAAUGUUCAAAAUAUGGCGGUAGUUUAUUUUUCGCACCUUAGAUUUGGAUUUUCAUUCUUCUCCAGAGCACUCUACCAUUAUUCUUUAGAGCAGCCAUUCAAGUUUCCGAAAAAAAAUGACUCAGAUGAAGAUGAACAUGAUAUUGGUUAG